AUGGAACUACAACCAGAGGAUCCCCUGACAUGGGACCCGCCCCAGGUCACCCGCUGGCUAAAAUCUGCAUUUAACUUUCCCGAUGACAUCCUCAAGCUCUUCAUUGAGCAUGAUGUCGAUGGACAAAUCUUACUCUCUGACUUGGACCACGAAGCCCUCAAGAACGAGUUCAAUAUCGCGUCGUUUGGAAAACGUUGCAUGAUCCUCAAGCACAUUCAGACCCUCCGAGGGCAAGCGAACCAGACAGUAGACUCGCCUUCAGGAGCACUGGAACAUGAUCUGGAAUCUCUACGACUGUCCGAGUUAGUCGCCACUGCACCUGCACCUGAAUAUACCACCACUACUGCUCGCCCAGUUACCACACCCCUCGCCGAAAUCGGCAAUACCCGACUAUCAGAAAGGAGAUUUCGUGAUGGUGCGCCAGAGUUCAAGAAGAUUCGCAUGCUAGCUAAACCACUACGACUUUUGUUCGACAACGAGCUUAAUGUUCACCAGCGAUCGCCGUCAUCUCGAAAGAAACGGAACACAUCGAACAGAAAAUCUAUUCGGCACUCUGACGAGGAAAGUCUCUCGAUUGGUUCCUCUGAUGAUUUCGAUGAGGAUGAUAGUGACCAUGACAAUGAAAGCGACGUGGACAGCAACAGCAACAGCAGUGGCUACGACGACGCCGCGAAUCAAGAUUCCGACUGUCAAAAACAUCAGUCGCAGGAUGAGGAAGACGAACCAUCGGCCACAAGGUUGCUCGAGAGAAAAGAAUAUGAGCCAUUAGCCGCGAGGAUUCUCACACAGAAAGAAAACGAGUCUUUGGCACAAAGGCUGCAGCAACAGAAGAAUCUGGACCAAGGCAAGAACAGCCCAUCUCUCGCUCCUCCGAAUCCCAUCAAGCCGUUGCCCCAGUCUGGAGGGUCAAGGUCAGGUCCCGGGCCAAAGGGGGGAAGCGAAUCAAAGUCGGGGUCAGGAUCAAAGAUUGCGUCCGGAACAUCAACGACCAAAAUCAGGAUCACGCCAACACUUGUCAAGCCUGGAGUUGCAUCAUCGCCACCAAGCACAACCCAUCAUCCCUUGACCCUUCUUUCCUCAAAACCACAUACAGGAUCGCCCUCGGAGACAACAAUCAAACAAUCAAAGGCAACUAGCAAGAAGGCCCGCAGGAUCGAGUCAAAGCUUGCCAAGAUUGGUAUGACGCUACAAGACAUCUUUUUCAACAAGGAUGGAUCGGCAUUUGACAGCGAUGAUGAUGACAACUGGACGGUGGUCAGGCCACGCGCCGCUCGAAAGAAGGAGCUGUGGACGUAUCAGAAGGCUGUGCAGAUCAACAUGCGGCGGAUCUUGAGGAUACCUCCUAUCUUUGAGGCUCCCGGACACGUGGUUUAUUCUCCAAUGCGCAAACCAACGCACAAGGAUGUCCCUGUUCGAGUCAUCUCAACCGCACUAUCUCGGAAAAACACCACUGUGAGAUCUUCGACAUGGGAUGCGAUCUUCGGGGACAUGCACAAGGACGUAUACAAGGACGUGCACAAGGACCCGACUCCGCAGAGGCUCACGAUCAACAUUGGCGACCAUGACCUCACUUCGAUCAACUUUGCUGCUUUGACCAAAGGACCCAACCAUACCCCGCCAUCUGUGAAUUGGGCAACCGGCAAGGAUGACGACAUUGUAUACCCGCUCUAUGGAGAUUCCGACGCUUCCGAAUACACAACCGACGAGGAGCUGUACAAAGAGGUGGCCAAGGAAGAGAAAGAGCUUCAAGAAAAACUGUCGGGACGCGUCAAGGUGCCGGCGUCCAAUGUCAAGCUUUCCACCGGCGUUGUCAAGGAGAUUGCUCGGAUCUACAUCUCGGACCGGAAGGAGGCAUGGGCACGACUGGAGCGCCCUAAAUUGGGCCGAGCUGCUAGGAAACUUGGCAAGACCCUCGGGAACAAGAAGGACAGGCAGUUGUACAUCGAGCAUCUGAAGGCAACCAUCGAGGCACUUUCUCAAAGGCGGCUUGCUUCUCUCUUGGAGGCGAUGGAGAAGACCUCUUAUCGGACUGCAACCGAGGUGCGAAAGGCGUGCAAGGCUCUCGACGAAACAGUCGACUCGAUGUGCCAUGAGCAGUGGAAGCACGACAUCCUUUGCGGGACGGAGCCGAUUCCAGACGAUGUGCAAAACUCUGACUCUGAAACCAAGCCAUCGCCUAUCAGUCCAAAGGUUUGGCAGGAGCCCAAACGAGACCAUCCUUCCGCGAAGAGUUCCGGCGAGACGGCCAGUGCAAUCGAUACAGACGAGGAAACAGAAGAACGAAGGCAGCGGGAGCUGGACGCGGCUUUCAUCGACGACUCCAACUAUGACGAGGGCAGCCAUGCCGACAUUGACAAAGAUGGAUCGGAAAAAGACGCGGGUGGCGACGUCAACAUGGUUGAGACACCACAACGUCCGAGCGAAAUGCCCUCCACUACCUCACAGCACCUUACUCUGUCCAAACCAGCGACACCAACCUUCCGCAGUGUCUCCGCAACGCCCAACGCGCGGUCUCUCCCAACACCGCCAUUUACCGCCACCUCACCUCAGGAUCCUCCACCACUCUCCGAUUUGGAUAUCGCCGGAGACGAUGCUCAACAUCCUUCCGACAAUGAUAAUGACGAUGGCAACGUCCAAGACGAUUACACCUACCGUAAGGCACUUCUGGCGAGACGCAAGGAAUCUAAGAGGGCCAAGAAAAGGAGAUUGGCUAAAAAUAAGGCUCAGGAGGCGAACCGGGCCGCAUUGCCUAUAUACAUCGACUUGGAUGACGAUUACCUGAAGCGACCAGAUCGAUCAAUCUCGCCGUCAGAAAAAGCAGCCAAGUUCAAAUCAACCCAUAACAGACAGCCACCCAACGCGCCUCAACCCUCAGUGAAGCGGGAAUCACGUCCGAAUGAGGAUCAGGAUGGGAAAGCGCAGAAGAACCCCAAUCCUACAGGAAGUGCUUCGCCUCUGGAAACCGAUAGGAUUCCCAAGAGCCUGGUCGCGGUCUCAUACCGAUACGACGACGAAGAUGCUAGCGUUGUGGUUGUCCCUCAGCCAGCGACAAGUGUCAAACCCAUGAAGCGACCCAAAUGGCGGGAGGAACUCAAGAGUAGCGGUAUGACUGACAACAAACUCCUCGCCAAACUUCGUGAAACCAGUAAGAAUGCGCGCCUCGGGAUAAACGUUGUUAUGGAGGAGCCAUAUAUCUCUGCGUGGCAGGAGUAUAUCGAGUGGGUCGAGCUCGACGGCGGAGACAGCAUCGAAUUGAAAGAGUUUCUGGCAUGGAAGGACGAAGGCAACACCACACAGAUCUACCGAGAGAAAGCGCGGGAAGUCGCUCAGGCCCAAGCAGUAACCGACAGAGCAGCGGCACUAAAUUCAAAGAAGGAAAAGCAGACGCAGGACGAACAGGACGAACAGGAGGCUCGAGACAAUAAGGCCAAGGAAAUGAAUGGGGAAAAGAGAGCCACUGACAUAGAGGAACGGUCGUCAACGUCGGAGGGCUCGUCGCGGCGGCUAAAGGGAGGAAAAGGAAAGUCUACGACAAAAAGACCAUCCUUUACCUCCCAUCCCGAGACCAUUACCAUCGAAUCUAGCGACGAUACCGACUCCAUUCAGAAACGCCUGCCUGUGGCAUCUCGCAGAUCAACAACAAAACCAAGAACGGAGUCCUCAUCAUCAACAUCAUCGUCUCCCGGUCCGGAACGGCCUACCCGCAAGGAACUUCAGGACUUAACUGAGAGCGAUACUGCAUCCGAGAGUGCGACGGACAAGGAGGACCUGGACGCUGAAGCUCGAAGGCUGGAAAAGAACCUCAAGAAGCGACCCCGCGCUGCCAGGAACCAUUUUGGAGACGGAUCACCCGAGGUCUCGAGUGGUGAUGACCGCAUAUUUCAGUCGCAACCCAGGCCCACACCCAAACGGCGCAAGGCAGUCAUCGAAGAUGAAGCACAGGACGUUCGUAUACUUCGCUUGAAUGCAGCCAAGAACGAGGAAGAGUACCAGAAGCGUAUUAAGGACCAGGAACAACGCGCCAAGAUCCGCGGUGCGCCCAACCCACUUCUAGGUGACGAGGUUCUUAUCAACCCUGGACACAAGAAGACGGAGCGAGCAGUGAUCAUCCCAUCUUUCCUGACAGUGAAUCUGAAGCCCCAUCAGAUUGAUGGGCUACGGUUCAUUUGGAAGAACAUUAUCAUGUUUGAUGGUGGAUGCAUUCUGGCUCACAGUAUGGGUCUGGGGAAGACUUUCCAGGUGGUGGCGUUUAUCUAUGUUCUAUUGACAGAGAUCCACUCAGGAAACAAGGACAUCCCAGCAAAGCUGCAGCCUGGUCGGGUACUACUGCUCAUGCCCCCUAUCGUGUUACAGAACUGGGCCGACGAGUUCGAAAAGUGGAUCCCGCCGCAGCGCCGGAAAGAUGUGCUCUUAUACAAGUUUGGUGAGCUGAUGGCGAAUGAGAGGAUCAGGUUGCUAGAGAAGUGGCAUGCGGAUGGCGGUGUCUUUCUGAUGGGCUAUACCAUGUUCCGAGAACUCUCGGUAACCACCAAGAGCAACGCUGCGAGAAAUGAAGACACCAGCAAUCGAUUCAAGCACCUUCUGCUCACCCCUGGACCUUCUUUGGUCUUUGCUGAUGAGGGACACGCCAUCAAGAACAAAAACGCGAAACUCUCUAUGGCUGCAAAGGAGAUCAAGAGUACCGCACGAGUUAUCUUGACGGGCUACCCACUCCAGAAUCGCCUGGAGGAGUACUGGUGCAUGGUGGACUUUGUCCGCCCAAAGUUCCUUGACGACAUUGGAACCUUCCGCUCACACUACAUCCGCCCCAUCAGCAACGGACUCCAUUCUGACAGUUCCGAGCUGGAGAAGAAGAUCUCAUCCAAGAAGCUGAAGGUGUUGACUGAGCUCAUCAAGAACUUUGUCAUGAGGAAGGAUCAGUCCAUUCUGCGUGCCUCGCUGCCCAAAAAGUACGAGUUUGUGAUAUCUUGCAAGCUGAGUACGUUACAGUACUACCUGUACACGCAGAUCUUACCGACGUUCCCUACCAAUGGCACCGCGAAUGUGUUGGGUAAUGGACAGCUUCUGCUGACCAUCUGCAAUCAUCCUGCCGCCUUCAAGGCUUCCACAAGGGAUAUUUCUGCCAAGAGUGCGAGCACCUCUGUCAAGGCUUCCCCGGCAGAAAGCGAUUCUCCAUCGACCACCCUCAGUACUUUGAAUGGCACUAUCACAAUCCUGGACGACAGUGACGAAGAACCAGGAGAGAAGGAGAAGGAGAUGGCGGAAGCACUCAGGUGUGAUAUCACGGAUAUUUCUCAUGGAUUCAAGGUCAAGAUUGCGAUUGACAUCAUCCGGGAGAGUCGCGCCAUCAACGAGAAGGUGCUUGUGUUCUCCCGCAGCAUUCCAACACUUGAUUUCCUUGCGUACACUACCGAGCAAGCUGGAUUCAAAUCUAUGAUGUUGGAUGGAUCCACGCCCAUUCAGGAUCGGCAAGGGAUGAUCAACGACUUUAACAGGAACGACUACGAUCUCUUCUUGAUUUCCUCUGGAGCUGGCUCUCAAGGAGUGAACUUGGUCUCGGCCAGCCGCGUUAUUAUCUUUGAUGUGGGCUGGAAUCCAAGUCAUGACGAACAGGCAAUCGCCCGUGCUUUCCGCUAUGGCCAGACCCGCAAGGUGUUUGUUUACCGACUGCACACGUUCGGAACCUGGGAGGACAAGCUGUACAAGACCAACCUGCACAAGCUGGGACUGUCCAACCGAGUUGUAGACAAGAAAAACAUCUUCCAGGCCCACAGCAAGACCGAGAUGAACAUGUACUUUGAGCCUCCUCCCAUUCCUGCCAGCAACCCCCAAUGGGUGACUGAGGAGAACGUUGGUGCACUCUUUGACAAGGUGGACUCUGACGAUCCGGUACUGAGAUCGGUUAUGCAGAGUAAUAAGGAGCAAAUCACGCAUAUUGUUCCUCAGAGUGAACUCGUGCGGGAGGUGGACUCUGACUUGACCGAAGCCGACAUGAUUGAUAUCAAUAGUAUGAUUGAGGAGGAAGAGAGGCGCAUCAAGUGGGCCGAGGAAAAUCCUGGAGUACCGUGCCCACCCCUGCCACCAAUGCAAGCAGCUGUAAUGGGCUUGCUCACGACACCUGUUGUCACUGGCCCACAAAUCCGACCACCUAUGCCACAUUCAGCCAUACUUCCACCAGGAUCGACUUCUGUCCCAGGGCCUACUAUGGGCGCCUUUCCCACCGCUCAGUUGAAAGGUAGUUACCAGCAUCAACAACCUAACAUCCAUCGCUCACACCAGACAGUUCCUCGUGGAUAUCAGUCGAAUUUGAUGAGCAUGAUGCCCCAGGUCGCUUCGAGCUCUGCAACACCAGCGCAGGGCAGCUCACAAAGGACUACCAUCACUAUGCCGAUCUCCUCUCUACCAGUGGGACGUGCGCCUGCUUCUACUUCACCAGCGGGACUGAGCGCUCAAACGGCUAUUGACUUGAGCAGUGCCGCGGAAUUCCCCGUCUACCACAGCAACAAUAACCUCGCCGACGCAGGACGACCUGGACUCGGCAUUCAGAUGCCCUUUACGAGUAACAGACCGUACGGACAUGGCGUGUCUGGAGGCACCAACCUGUGGAGCAACGGGAAUGCAGGUCUACCCCAGGGCCACAACGCAGGAGGAGGAUCUGUGAGGCACGGCUUUGGUGCUGGUGGUAUUACUGGUACCAUUGCUACUACUACUAUUCCUCCUACUGCUACUACUGCUUCCGCUGUUACUCCACAACCUCCUUUAGUCGGACGGACGACGACGGCCUCUCCUGCGUUACCUACCCCCUCGCGUCAGGAACCGGCGCCGGUGCCAGUGACUGCACCUGGGCCUGAGUUAGGGUCGUUCCAGAGUGUGAUCCAACAACAUCAAAACGGUCAGCUGGAGCCUCUCAAUUAG